UUUUUGGCAUUAAUUGAAAAAUAUAUUUUAUUGAUUUAUAUAUCAUAAAAUUCACCCUUUAAAAGAACCCACCUUUUAAAGUUCACAACUCAGUGGUUUGUAAUAUAUUCAGAGUUGGGUAAUAGCACCCAAUCAACUUUAGAACAUUUCCAUUACCCACAAACCCCUUACCCAUUAAGCAGCCGCUCCCUGUUCCCGACCCCACCUCUGACCCCUCCAGCCCCUGGCAACCACCAAUCUGCUUUCUGUCUCUAUGGAUUUGCCUGUUCCGGACACUUUAUAUAAACGGAAUCAUAUAUUGUAAUAUCUAACCUUUCGUGUCUGGCUUCUUUCACUUAGUAUAGUGUCUUCAGUGGUUCACCCAUGUUGUAGCACUUCGUUCUUUUUCAUGGUCAAAUAUUAAUAAUAUACCACUGCAUUGAUAGAUCACGUUUUACUUAUCCAUUCAUCCACUGAGGCAUAUGUUUUUUCCACAUUUUGGCUAUUGUGAAUAACGCUAUGAACAGUCACAUGCAAGUUUUGUGUGGACCUGUUUUUAGUUAUUUUGAGUUUUGCAUUCAUUUUGAUUUUUAAAUAUAUUGUAUAGAAAUAUUAUUUUUCUUGAUUACUGAGUUUUUUGGUGCCUCCUUAAAAUGUGCACCUGAGUCAAAUGCCUCACUGACCUCACCCUAUUUCCACCCGGAAAGUCUUGUCCCUUGUUAGCUGUGUACCCUCUUGGAGCCUCGAGCCUCAGUUUCCUCCUCUGUAGAAUAGGGAUAAUUCCUGUACCUACCUACUCAUGGGUACACAUAGGGGGACACUCAUAGGGGGACACAAUGAAGUAAGGAUGCACAUUACUGAUCCAGCACUGUCACAGACCUGGCAUAGUCCUAGGCACACUGUAGACCUAAGUUAACAGCUUUUCCUAUGGGCAGGCCUGUGCCAGGCCUGAGGGGGCAGGUCCCCAAAUGACUAUGACCUUGCCCUUGAGGAGAGCUGGCCCACUUGCCUAGAACUCCCUGCUGCUUCUGUUCCCAAGAGAAACCUGCUGUUUUUGUUCUCCUGCCUCAGCCUGACCCCCCCUACAAGGUCCUUGGGGGUGGGACCCGAUGCUGCUCACCCGAAGUCCUCCUUGGCUCCCGGCACCUUCCAUCCCAGCUGCCCCGGGCCCCCCACCACCGCCUCCCCCACCCUCUGCUCUGCCCACUCCCAUUGAAGGCCGUGGCUUGCCGUCCCUCUGUGCUGCCAUGAGGCCUGCACUUUGCAGGGCUGAAGUCCAAAGUUCAGUCCCUUCGCUAAGCACACGGAUAAAUAUGAACCUUGGAGAAUUUCCCCAGCUCCAAUGUAAACAGAGCGGGCAGGGGCCCUGAUUCACUGGCCGCUGAGGCCAGGGUUGGGGGUUGGGGGUGCCCACAGGGCUUGGCUAGUGGGGUUUGGGGGGGACCGUAGGUGCAAGGAGCCUGGUUUGUACCUGCCUGCUGGCCGGCCGGCAAGUAGACAGUCCACGCGGUGGGGGAGGCGGCCCGCUUGGUGGCCGGGGCCGCGUGGCCCAGUGGUCGUGGAGCCAUGGUUUCUAAACUGAGCCAGCUGCAGAUGGAGCUUCUAGCCGCCCUGCUCGAGUCGGGCCUGAGCAAAGAGGCGCUGAUCCAGGCAUUGGGUGAGCCGGGGCCCUACCUGUUGGCUGGAGAUGGCCCCCUGGACAAGGCGGAGUCCUGCAGCGGCGGUCGAGGAGAGAUGGCUGAGCUGCCCAAUGGGCUGGGGGAGACGAGGGGCUCCGAGGACGAGACCGACGACGAUGGGGAAGACUUCACGCCGCCCAUCCUCAAGGAGCUGGAGAACCUCAGCCCCGAGGAGGCAGCCCACCAGAAAGCCGUGGUGGAGAGCCUGCUGCAGGAGGACCCGUGGCGCGUGGCGAAGAUGGUCAAGUCCUACCUGCAGCAGCACAACAUCCCGCAGCGGGAGGUGGUCGACACCACCGGCCUCAACCAGUCCCACCUCUCCCAGCACCUCAACAAAGGCACCCCCAUGAAGACGCAGAAGCGAGCCGCCCUGUACACUUGGUACGUCCGCAAGCAGCGAGAGGUGGCCCAGCGGCCGAGUGCAUCCAGAGAGGGGUGUCACCAUCGCAGGCGCAGGGGCUGGGCUCCAACCUUGUCACAGAGGUGCGUGUCUAUAACUGGUUUGCCAAUCGGCGCAAGGAGGAAGCAUUUCGGCACAAGCUGGCCAUGGACACAUACAGCGGGCCGCCGCCGGGGCCGGGCCCGGGCCCUGCACUGCCCGCUCACAGCUCCCCUGGCCUGCCCCCACCUGCCCUCUCCCCCAGUAAGGUCCACGGUGUGCGCUAUGGACAGCCUGCAACCAGUGAGGGAGAGGAAGUGCCCUCAAGCAGCGGUUCCUUGGUGACAGUAUCUACACCCCUGCACCAAGUGUCCUCCACAGGCCUGGAGCCCAGUCACAGCCUGCUAAGCACCGAAGCCAA